CAGGAAAUGUCGGAGACGCGCAGCGUGUCUCCUCAGCAGCUCCGGGAGAAGAAUGGGAGAGGGGAUAGAUGUGUGUAUGUAGAUGAGGCAACGUGUGAAAACAUGAGGGCAGUGGACAGUUCUUAACUAAAUUCAUCUUUAAAAAAAAAAAAAAAAGAUAAUUCCUCAUAUCAUACUAGAGGCUUUUCUCUCUCCCCCCCUCCCCCGAGGACAGGGAUAUUUGCUCCCUUUGGAGAACACAGGACAGCAGAGGACUCUCUUUGUGAAUCCCAUUUGACUGGGAUAAAAGCCUAGUCACAGUGUGGAGUGGUGGUUUCAUCAGACCUUUAACCUCAGCCGGAAGGAAAGAAAGCCACUUCAGAGAUGGAGCAGGUAUCCGAUGAUGAGUUGGACCAUGGAGCAGAGGAGGACAGUGAUAAGGAGGACCAGGACCUGGACAAGAUGUUUGGAGCCUGGCUGGGAGAGCUGGACAAGCUCACACAGAGUCUGGAUGAUGGCAGGCCACAGAAGACACUGCAGAAGCCUCCUCUCAGGCAAGAGACAAACAUGGCCAACUUCUCCUACCGCUUCUCAAUGUAUAACAUAAAUGAGGCACUGAACCAAGGAGACACAGUGGACCUGGAUGCCCUGAUGGCCGACCUGUGCUCCAUCGAACAGGAGCUCACUACCAUUUCCAAGCCAAAUUCCACCUCUCGUGGCCAGAGCAAAGGCCAGCAGAGGGUCCCGGGGCACAGUGUUAGCACCAAACACACAGGCACCAGUGGAGGGGGAAGCAGCGGAGGAAGCACCAGUAGCAGUGCCCGGGCAUCGCCAGCCAACACCAUACGAAGCGCCAGCGUCACUGCCCGCCCUGUGGCCUCCAACAUCUCCCUGGAUGACAUCACCUCUCAGCUGGAGAAAGCCUCUCUCAGUAUGGAUGAAGCAGCUCGCCAGACCUCCUCCUCUUCCUCAUCAUCCUCUUCCUCAUCAUCCUCUUUCUCCUCCACCACACUUCGACGGCCCUUGUCAGGCUCGUCCAGCGGUGGGCAGCACCGGAGGACAGGUUCUGUGGGUGCGGUCAGUGAGCAGGAAGCUGCAUCGCAGCGGUCCAGUGUAAAUUCAGCAUGUGCCUCAGCGUCCAGCAUGGACUCCCUGGACAUUGAUAAAGUGACGACAGGAGGAGAGGUGGAGGGCCAGAGCAGCUCGAGCACACAAGGGCAAAACCAGACCAGCACAGAGCAUGUCACACUGCGACGGGCCAAUGGCAAGUCAGCCAGACGGCAGCUUGACUUCACCUCACAAGAGGGUGAAGUGGAUCAGGCCACUCAUUCCUAUCUGGACCAAGAAACCUCGCUCAUUCUGAAAAGCAUAGCUGGAAAGCCUUCUCACCUCCUGACCAAGGAGGAACAAGCUGCCAAAUUGAAGGCAGAGAAGAUCCGAGUUGCCCUGGAAAAAAUCAAGGAGGCACAGGUCAAAAAGCUGGUGAUUAGGGUCCACAUGUCAGACGAGAGCUCCAAGACCAUGAUGGUGGAUGAGCGGCAGACAGUCAGGCAGGUGCUGGACAGCCUGCUGGAUAAGUCGCACUGUGGCUACAGCCCUGACUGGUCUCUAGUGGAAACCAUCACUGAACUACAGAUGGAGCGUAUUUUUGAGGAUCAUGAGAACUUGGUGGAAAAUCUAUUAAACUGGACCCGGGACAGCCACAACAAGCUUAUGUUCAUCGAACGCAUCGAGAAAUAUGCUCUUUUCAAGAACCCUCAGAAUUAUUUGUUGGGGCGGAAGGAGACCUCAGAAAUGGCUGACAGAAAUAAAGAGGCAUUACUAGAGGAGUGUUUCUGCGGUGGCACGGUGUCUGUGCCAGAGAUUGAAGGUGUCCUGUGGCUCAAAGAGGAUGGUAAGAAGUCGUGGAAGAAGCGUUACUUCCUCCUCAGGGCUUCAGGGAUCUACUACAUCCCAAAAGGCAAAGCCAAGGCGUCCAGAGAUCUCGUGUGCUUCCUGCAGUUGGACCAUGUCAAUGUGUAUUACGGCCAGGACUACCGCAGCAAAUACAAGUCUCCCACUGACUACUGCCUAGCCCUGAAGCAUCCACAAAUCCAGAAGAAGUCACAGUACAUUAAGUAUCUGUGCUGUGAUGAUGUCAGGACCCUGCACCAAUGGGUGAACGGAAUUCGCAUCGCCAAGUAUGGGAAGCAGCUAUAUGUGAACUAUCAGGAAGCCAUGAAGAGGACAGAGGCAGCCUACGAUUGGUCCUCUCUCUCUACCUCCAGCAUCCGCUCCGGCUCCAGCUCUGCCAGCAUACCUGAGUCCCAUUCUAAUCAUUCAGGCCACUCAGACAGUGGGGUGGACACAGGCUCCUCUCAUGGCCGGUCCCAGAGUGUUGUGAGCUCCAUUUUCUCUGAGGCCUGGAAGAGAGGUACCCAGAUCGAGGAAAACUCCAAGAUGAGAAUGGAGGCAUCCAGAGGGGCCACACUGCCGCAUGCUUCCCACAGUCAUCGGCAUCACAGCCAGCAUUCAGUUGACCACUCAGCCCUGACACCCCCACCGCAGCAGCAGCAUCCACCACAGCCUCAACACCCAUUAGUGCACACCCAAACUCCUGCGCCUGCCUUCAUUCCUCCAUCCCCAGCAGCUCCACAGACCAAUGCAGUAGUAUUUCCUCCCCCUCCUCCUCCCCCUCCACCCCCACCUGCACCAGCUCCUAUGAGCCAACCUGUUUACCCCAACGGGUUGAAGCAGGCACUGAAGGAAAGGUUUCCUAGCCCGCCACGGGACAUGCUGUUUCCAGACAAAGGCCUUGAGGCCUCUCCACCCCCUGCCCCUGCUCCACCACCCCCACCUCCUCCUCCUCCACCCCCACCACCACCACCUCCUCCUCCCCAGCAGUUCCCAGUGCCAGGCCAGUUUCCACCUCCUCCUGUGCUGCCACAAGUGCCACUCAAAAACUUGACCCCAAACUUUGUCUCUCAAACUGCCCCCAAACCCUUGUCACCUGUGUCUCCUUUCCCUCCUGCCCCACCUCCUGCUACCCUAGGGGGCCCAGCCCCACCACCACCACCACCACCACCUCCCCCACCUGCUCCCCUCAAGAAGCAGUUCAGCCUCCAGACAGGCCACACUUCUAGCCAUCCACCUCCAACUAUGCCUAAGCAGCACAGCCUUUCUAAGCCACCACCCAUUUCCACCGGAGCCCCACCCACCACAUCUUUGGUGAAACAACUUGCAAGUCAAUUUCCAGGAGCUUCAUCCCAAGUAGCCAAUCAUACAGAGAGCCCAAAAGCCCCCCGCUCUCCACCUGCAGUCAAGCCUAAACCAAAAUGGCAGCCUGGGGGAGGCCAGCAGCUACAGUCUCCAGAGUUCCCCCCUCCUCCUCCAGACAGCAACACUGGCUUUCCUGCCGCUCCCCCUCCUCCUCCACCACCACCACCUCCCCCAGCACCUAUCACAGGCCCGACACCACCACCUCCUCCCCUUCCACCUGACAACCUGGGCUCCCCUAUGAAGAGAUCACCACCUGGUUCCUGCAGUUUUGGAGGCAAGAAACCCCCUCCCACCCCACAGAGGAACUCUAGCGUCACGUCUAACACCUCAGCCUCCUAUGAGGAAUCCAGGAAGAACUUGCUCAGCAAGUUUGCUCCCCAGAGCAACACCUUGCCCUCAUCCCUGUGCCCCACCUCAUCUUCUAAUGGAUCCCCUUCCAAGGACCCAUCAGCUGGACCCCCUGCUCCCCCAAAACCAGGGAAGCUCAACCUAGCCAACCUGCCCUUGGCACUCCAGGCCAAAGUGAGCCAAGCAAAGCAGUCCAGUGGCGACUUCCCUUCCCCGCCACCUGAAUGCGCCUAUUUCCCACCUCCUCCUCCGGCCUCUGAGCUCUUCCCCCCUCCUCCACUUCCCAGUAGUGACACCCAUAGCGGAGGACCUCCUAGGGUAGCUGUAGUUAACCCCCAGCCCCAGGCUCCCCCUCCUCCACCACCUAUCUCCCUUGGUAGCAACUCAACAUGGGGAAAGAGCUCACUGAAAAAGACUCCUCCACCGACACUUGGGAGGCAUAGUAACACCACCCCAGAGCCCCCUCCACUUUCAUCACCUCCACCCACCUCCCAUAAGGGCAGCUCUGGUCAGCCCAAUUUCCUAGAGGAUCUCAACAAGACACUGAAGCGAAAGUCAGUGGGUCGCCAGGGUUCUCUCAACAAGUUGGACCCCGCGGGGACCAUGGAUGACAUGGCGCUACCUCCACCACCUCCUGAGCUGCUCCUGGACCAAGGAAAUCAAAGCAAUGGAGGAAAUGGUGGCUAUAUGUCUGGAAACAUCUCAGGCUAUGCAACACUACGACGAGGACCCCCGCCUGCACCACCCAAACGGGGGGACGCCACCAAACUUACUGGAGAGUGCUGAACUUGGAGAUCAGGUCAUAGUGAAAUGGAUGAACAGACAGUGAAACCAUAUGUGGACGUGAACCUUUGUUAGUGAACUGGGAGCAAAUUCCUGGACUCUUUCUGUCCUUUUGGGCUCAUAGUGGUAAAUUGAUGACUGUGUAUAUACUAAAAGCCAAACCAGACUAUUGUCAAUUAGUGUUUGCUAAUUAUUGCAUUUUUUAACUUCUUGCCAUUCUGGAUCAGUGUGGUUUACAAUACUGGGACACUUAGCUAAGUUUGAAGUCACAGGACAGUAAGAUGAGCUUAAUUUUCUCAGAUUGUCUAAACUCUCUAGAAUAUAUUGCAUUGUCCUGUAUAGUAAACCCCACCCAUCUGGUACACCGAGCAGAUUUAACUAAACAGUAAUAAAAAAUGUGCAAAUGUUUCCGGAUCCAGGUCUGAGCCAAACCAUGUAUCUGCUUUUUUGCCAUAAGUUUGUGCCACGUAUGGAGAUGAAAACAAGAGGCAAAAAUGCAUCAGGAUCUUCCUGCAUUGGUACUGCAUGGACCUCAUGUAACAACAAGCUGUAAAACACAGAGCUGUUCUGGUAUGUGUGCAUGUCUGUGAGAGAGAGAGAGAGAGAGAGAGAGAGAGAGAGAGAGA